AUGGAAAGCCCUACCUUGAGCAGGCGGCACAACAAACUGACCAUAGAUCCUGAUCGGACUGAACGCCGCCAGAGUGCGCAGGGGCUCUUCAAUGCUAAAUCAAGAGCCAGCUUCACGCCGGAGCAAGUUGCUGAAUGCAGAGAGCUCUUUCAGAUUUUCGACAAGAAUGGCGACGAUAAGAUCGACAAGUCGGAGUUUGUCCCGAUGAUGAAGGCUCUCGGAUUGAACCUCAGCAGCCAGGAGCUGGACAUGUUCUUCACUCGGAUGGAUUACAACGGGGACGGCAGCGUGCAGUUCCACGAGCUCGUGAGGUUCCUGGAGGGCAUCUCCCAGCCGAUCACGCUGGAGCAGGAGCUUAAGGAGGCCUUCGCCUUCUUCAACCCUGACACACUGGAGAUGGAGCCACACGAGACACUUGAGGUGAUCAACCAGAAAGGGUUGGCACAGAUCUUUGAGGAGAUGGGUGAAGAUAUCAGCGAGCUCGAGUGCCGAGAGAUGAUCUUGGCAGCAACUGGAGGGAGGGAGGUGAUAGAUUUCAAGACCUUCCAGAAGCUCUGCAAGCCCCGGAAAUCGGGUGCGGCAGGUAGCGGACACUGA